GUGUCGUCUGCCGGGGUGUACGCUUUUCUUUUCUCCUUUCUUCACAUUCUCAUCCAACAUGACUUUGCUCAAUACUCUUUUGACCUUGACCAAUUUCAGGUCACCCUUCCUCCGUACUCUGGUACCCAGCAUUGGUCUUGCAUAUGCCAUUCAGGCUGGUGUUGCAGCUCCCAGCAUCUUUUUCCAGACCGAACGCUUCUAUGACCUCAGCGGGUCAUUGACCUAUCUGUCAUGCACAGCUCUUUCUCUGUAUCUGCCUACGCUGAGAGCUAGAGCUGCUGCUGAGACCGUCUCUGCUGGCACCGCAGCACUUCCUGGAUUUCCUAGUUUGCUGGCCAGUCUGGCUAGCAAAGGCGGUGUUCAAGCUUGGAACUGGAGACAAGUUGUUCUCAGUGCUGCUGUUGCUAUCUGGGCCACCAGACUCGGCACCUUCCUCUUCUCUCGCAUCACUUCAGAAGACGGCCGCGACUCCCGCUUCGACUCCAUCCGCACAUCUCCCCCUAAGUUCCUCGGUGCCUUCUUCGCCCAAGCAACCUGGGUAUCGCUCUGCCUUCUUCCCGUCCUGGCCUUGAACUCUGUCCCCGCAACCACCCUUUCCGCUCUUCCUUUCCUUACCCUCACCGAUGUGAUUGGUGUUCUCUUGUACAUCGGUGGCAUUGGCUUCGAAGCCACCGCCGACAAGCAAAAGAGCCAAUGGAUGGAAGAAAAGAAGAACAAGAAGCACAAUGAAGAUUUCUUGACCAGAGGUCUUUGGGGAAAGAGCAGACACCCCAACUACUUUGGCGAGAGCACUUUGUGGACUGGCAUUGCUACUGUAGCUGCUGGCGUGCUUGUUACCAACGUUGGACAAGCUGGUAUGGGUUUCAGUGGUAGCCUCGGUGCUAGAUUGGGUGCUUUGGCUAUGGCUGGUGUUAGCCCUGCCUUUGUCACUUUCUUGCUGUUCAAGGUUUCGGGUAUUCCCCUUAGUGAGGAGAAGUACGACAAACGCUACGGCGACCGCAAGGACUACCAGGAGUGGAAGAAGAACACACCCAUGUUCUUCCCCAAGUUCUGAUCUCAUACGGACGGUAUUGCUCUAUUGAGCAUUCUUGCCGAGUAUUCCUAUCCAGUACGGUCACAUGACAAGUGUACUGGAGAAUCACGCAUUUUGAUGCAACGAAAGAGUCUCGGGAGAUCACGAUAUCUGAUGAGGAGUAAAAAAGUACGCUGCGUUGAGAGAGUGUAGUAUUGAUUAAUGCCUAAUGAUUUGUCGUGGUCGCG